UUUACAGUGAAUAUUUCAAAAAAUUUACAUUCUGAAACAAUUUGUUUUCAAGAACUUCACUUUUCUCGAGUGGCAAACACGAAUUGUCAUUAUUAUACAAAAUAAAUAGAAUAAACGCUUAAAAUGUUUAAACUGGAACUGAUUCAAAAUCUGGCCGGACACAAGGGUAUAGUUUGGAAUGUGUCGUGGCAUCCACUUGGAAAAUAUUUUGCUUCUUGUGGUGAAGAUAAAACUAUAAAAUUAUGGAGUAAAUCUGGACAAGAUUGGGCGAUUAAGACUGUACUUGUCGAUGGACAUCAGAGAACAAUUCGGGAAGUAGCCUGGUCACCCUGCGGUAAUUUCCUCGCUUCAGCCAGUUUUGAUGCAACUACUGCAAUUUGGGAUAAAAAAAGUGGUGAAUUCCAAUGCAAUGCAACUUUAGAAGGCCAUGAAAAUGAAGUUAAAAGUGUAGCAUGGUCACCUUCAGGCCAUCUCCUGGCUACUUGUGGAAGAGAUAAGUCUGUUUGGGUGUGGGAAGUAGCUGGAGAAGAUGAAUACGAGUGUGAAGCUGUACUUAAUGCUCACAAUCAGGAUGUGAAGAAAGUUGCAUGGCAUCCUUCUCUAGAUAUCUUAGCAUCAGCAUCUUAUGAUAACACAGUAAAACUGUACCAAGAAGAUCCUGUAGAUAAUGAUUGGACUUGUGUUGCCACUCUACAUUCACAUGAGUCAACAGUUUGGAGUUUGGCAUUUGAUAAAACUGGAGAAAGACUGGCGACAUGUAGUGACGAUAGAACUGUAAAAAUUUGGAAAGAAUACAAACCUGAUAAUCAAGAAGGUGUUGUGGUGACUGAUCGAGAGGCAGUCUGGAAAUGCAUAUGUACACUCUCUGGAUUUCACACACGAUGUAUUUAUGAUAUUGCUUGGUGUCAUAAAACUGACCUCAUAGCCACUGCUUGUGGAGAUGAUAUCAUUAGAAUAUUUAAAGAGAGUGAAGAUUCUGAUCCUAAUGCUCCCACUUUUGAACUUCUUUGUACAAAGAAAAAUGCUCAUUCUCAAGAUGUAAACUGUGUAGCUUGGAAUCCUUCAGGAAAUCAAGAACUGCUUUCUUGUAGUGAUGAUGGAGAAAUAAAAAUAUGGAAGUUUACAGAAGCUUAAAGUAACUAAUUAUUGACAGAAUGAUCAAAUAGAAAUGAUCAAAAAAUCUAACAAGGAGUGAUAAUAAUUUUAUAUUAAGGUUAUGCCACAAGACAUUAGCUGUGAUUGUAUCUAGCAAGAUAUAAAUGUAUUGUAAAUACAGUAUAAGUUUCAAUCUUUAUAAUAAUUGUUGAAAACAUGAUUUAGUAUUAUUGUUCACGAACAUAACCCAAAUAACUAAUAAAAAAAAUAACAAAAACAUUAUAACAUAGAUAAAAUGUUUUGGUAUACACUGCACUGGCUUGCUGAUAUGUAUUUAAUCCAUGGGCUUACAUAUUUUUUUUAAAUAUGAAAGCUUUGAAAAUCUGACAAUUAUUAUGAAAUAUCAACUUCUUUAGAUUCAAUCAUUGAACUAUACAAAAUACCCACAGUCAGGUUUUUUUUGGUAUAAGAAACAGUCUUAUAAUAUUAAUUAACAAAACACUAAAGUACUAUAUUAUUACACAAUAUACCAUAUUAAACUAUUAC